GAACACGGGGGUUUCCUCUCCCUCUCCCUCUCUCUCCACCCGUCCAGAUGUAAAGUUUCUCUUUUCUAAAUCGCGGUUAUCCCUCUGUGUGCCACUCGGAUUGGCUUUAAAGGAAAGUUUUAACCUGUGGUGGGAGAUCAGGGGAGGCAAAAUGGGGAAAGUGAACGCUUGUUUGAAACGGACUUACUUCGUUGUGAUAAGUUUGAUCGCGAUCAUUGCUGUCCUGCUGCUAGGACUCACUCUGUUUAGUCAUGGACACUUCCACAAAGAGGAAGAGAUAGAGGAAGUGCUCACAACCCUGCACGUCAUGUACGCCAUUGCAAUUGUAAUUCUGGUCUUGACCAUCAUUGGUGGGUUUGGUGCCUAUAAAGAGAAGAAGUGGGCCCUGAUAGUGUUCACAGUUGGAAUGAUUAUGGGCAGCCUGUACAUGAUAGUGUCUAGUAUUGGUGGAUUGGCUUCUCAACUGCAAUUCAAAAAUGAAAUGAGGAAGAACUUCCUGGCUAAGCUGCCGCUGAAUAAUCAGAGUGAGAGUGACGGCUUCAUGGAUGUACAGAGUGAAUUCCAGUGUUGUGGGCUGGAUCAGGGCUACCAGGACUGGAACUAUUAUAUCCCAGAAUCCUGCCUGUGUGUUGAAGACUCCACUAACCCAUGUGUGGCGGCUCCAAGAAACAGCAGCCUGUUUGAGGACAGGGUGGGUGAAGAGCCCAUCAUGAUCUAUUCUCAGCCGUGCCUUCCAUACAUCAUUGACUACGCUAUGCAUGUCUUGAAUGCUGUGCUGGGCAUUUUGCUGGGAAUCACAUUAUUGUGGGUGUUGUCGGUUGUGUUGGGUAUCGUCAUCUUGUGUCGGCUGGAUCGAAAGGAGGAAACUCCCACAGUGGUUUACAGUCCGGAGGCAAAAGCGGGCAACUACGCCUCCCUCACAGAGGAUUACACCUGAUUUUUUUUGCUUUAUUUAAUGUUUUGGCUGCAUGUCAGCAUAUUUGGCAAAGAUAAGAACAACUUUGGGAUCGGUGGGAUUAACACAGAAACAAAAAAAAUGUAUUUGUGAUGCUUGAAUAUACAGUAUCCAACGAGUGAAGCUGCAUUAAACGCAUGAGGUAACAUUUUUUUGGCCCUCUGAACCAGCAAAUCUUGAUGAAACAUUAUAUUAGUUGUAUAUUAUGCCAGAGAUACAGAGUUAAUUCCCUUUAUUUGUGAUAAUCACACACAUUUCAUCAGAUAGGUGAUGAAGUGUGUGAAUUGUGUUAACAUAUUAAUAGAUUUGAACUCUGUAGUGGCACUUCAACCCCAGAGUGAAUUUUGUAAUUGAUCCAAGAAGUCAGGAAAUUGAUGUGAGACAUGCAGAUGAAGUGAAACAGAUAAUGUGGUUUCCAAAGAAAGCACUGAUGAAGAUUAUGGAGCUUUAAUACGAAUGUCUGUAUUUUGUGGUCUGCAUUGUGUUAUUUCAAAUUUUAUGUUUUUUUUCUACAUUUUUCCAACUUUUGCAAUGACAUUUUUAUAGUUUUAUUACUGUCACAUCUAAUGGGCCGUCACUGCUACAUGUUGGUGUUCAGCUUCUGUAUUAGUGAGCACAGGGACGACGCACUGAAUGAAGGCAAAAAUAAAUAAAAAUAUUCUUCUUUCACCUUU